AUGGUUCUCGAUGACAGUGAUAAGAAGGUCUUAGGUGAUUUACGAAGAAAAAGGGGGGUGGUCAAAGCAUCCUUAACACGCAUUCGCACGUUUGUUCAAAAUUUUAGACCUGCUGUGGACGCGAUAACAUUAUUAGAAUUCAGACAAGAACAAUUACCAGAAGUCAAUCGUAAGUUUGAUGAUGUUCAAUCUCAGAUAGAGCUUAUUGAUGUUGAUAAUGCUGCAGAGACUGACAAGGAAAGAGAGGAAUUUGAGAAUGAUUAUUUUGCAAUUAGAUCAGAAAUGCAAGAAUUAAUCAACGCAGAAAAAAGUCAAAACUCAUCCAUUCAAAAUAAUACUAUGAAUUCCAUGCCAAUGCAAAGAGCUCGUUUGGCACCAUUGACCAUUCCAAAAUUUGAUGGUAACAUUCAGGAGUGGGAAUCAUAUUUUGAUUGCUUUAAGGGAAUGGUGCACAACGAAGAUGCUUAUCCACCAGCUCAAAAAUUUUCAUAUUUAAGAUCAUCGCUUUCUGGUGCUGCAUUGGACGUUAUCAAGGCAAUUCCAAUGACCGAAAAUAACUAUGCUGUAGCAAUAAAAAGGUUGCAGCAACGUUUUGAAAAUAGGAGUAUGGUAAUACAAUCUCAUAUUCGUGCUAUACUAGAUUUUCCACAAGUACAGUCCGCUGUUGCCAAUGAUCUGCAGGCACUGCACUCUAAUAUUGUUGCACAUGUCGCAGCACUAGAAGCGCUAGGACAGCCAGUGGAUAUGUGGGACGCAUGGUUAGUGACAGUUUUGCUUAGAAAAGUUGACCAUGGAACAUGUCAUGAAUGGCAAAUACGGCGUACAAACAAUGAACUACCAAAGUAUAAGGAAUUAGAGGAAUUCCUGGCUAAUCGUUGUAUAGCCUUUGAAAAUUCAGAAACAUGGGACAAUAGCAAUACCGGAACCAAGAAAAAGUCGACCAAUCCGCAUACAGGAAAAAGGGUUACGUUAGCAGCAACAGAAGACAAGUCUGAUAAAUGUCCAUGCUGCAAUUUGAUGCAUAAACUAUAUCACUGUGAAAGGUUUAAGGAACUUCCACAGAGCAACCGGUUCAAUAUUGUAAGAAGUGCUCGUUUGUGUUUUAAUUGUUUGAGUCCUUACCAUAUGGCUCCAGCUUGUCAAUCGAAGUCAGUUUGUCAGCGCUGCAAGAACAAGCACAACACAUUAUUGCAUUAUGAAAAAUCUAGUCAAGGUUAUGCAUCAAGGCAAUAUACUAAUGAAGAUGAAGAUUCGCAAACUUCUUCUACUCCUCCAGACCAGCGAAAGUCAUCAGUGCAUUCAUGUCUUGCAGCAAAACCAACAGAUACGCAUGUUUUUCUGUCAACCGCUAUAGUACAAGUGACUGAUAGUCGUGGUUUUAUGCGUGACACUAGAGCGGUAUUAGACAGUGGGUCUAUGGUGAAUUUUAUUUCGAGAAGUCUAUUAAAUGUCCUGCAGUUCAAUACUCAAAAGACAAGUUUGCCAAUUCGGGGAGUGGGAGCUAGUCAAGUUCAGUCUGUAGCCAAGGUAGAAGUACAUGUGUAUUCCAAGGUCACAAAUUACAGAAUAAUGCUGCCAUGCUUUGUGUUACUAACUGUUGUGAGUGAACUCCCAGCAUGUAAUACACCAACAAGCAAUUGGAACAUUCCCUUUGAUCUAAGAGGUAAACUGGCAGAUCCCAAGUUCGACAAAGUUGGAUCAGUCGAUCUCUUAAUUGGAGCUGGGAUAUUUUAUGAGUUACUGGAAGCAGAGCGCGUGUCUUUGGGAAUCGGAAACCUCAGCUUACAAGACACGAAACUUGGUUGGGUAGUCACAGGUGGACUCGAAGUUACUUGUCUACUAGGCAUUAAUUCCCUCGGAGAAACAAUGGAAAGUGACUGGAAAGCAAUACUUGCAGAUGAACAACAAUAUGGAAAAGGAUCAAAGGCAAAUCAAAGAUGUGAAGAAGAAGAGGAAACUCUCCAGCAUUUCAAGAAGUCGGUUAGGCGAAGUGAAGAUGGUCGCUUUGUUCUGCGUUUACCGACCAAGCCAGAGACGCAAAACUUAGGUGACAGUUUAGCGAUGGCAACCUCAAGGUUCAUUAAUAUUGAAAGAAGAAUUCAAAGAGAUGAACAGUUACGAGUCGAGUAUGUAAAAUUCAUGAAAGAGUACUUUGAUAUGGGACAUAUGCGAGAAGUGACGAGCGAAGAAGAAUUGUUUAAAAAGGGAUACUAUUUACCACAUCAUCCGGUGCUAAAGGCUUCGAGUCUUACAACUAAGACACGAGUAGUUUUCGAUGGUUCAGCAAGAACUACAUCCGGAUUAGCACUAAAUGAUGUACUCAUGCGUGGGCCUACUGUCCAAGAAGAUAUUUUCUCAAUUCUAGUUAGGUUUCGGAAACAUCAGUACGUAAUCACGGCUGAUAUUGAAAAAAUGUUUCGGCAGAUAAUGAUAGCGCCAGAGGAUUGUCACUUACAAAGAAUACUUUGGCGUGCAAAUCCAAGUGAAAAGCUCCGAACCUACAAUCUGUUGACAAUUACAUAUGGUACGACACCCGCCUCCUUUAUGGCCACGCAAUGCUUAGUUACACUCGCUGAAGAAAUAGAAAAGGAGAAUCCAAAAGUGGCAGAAGUAAUAAGCAGAGACUUCUACAUGGAUGAUCUUAUGACAGGUUGUGAUACGGUAGAAGAAUGUAUGCAGUUACAAAAGCAUAUAACCGUCAUUUUGGAAUCCGCAAAGCUACCGUUGAGAAAGUGGUGUUCGAAUUCACAUUUGAUCAUUGCCAACAUAAGUGAGAACGAUAAGGAUCCUUUAGUUAACAGUUAG